UUCACGAGCCCUCUAAGAUGUGCCAUGCCUCUUUAAGAACUGCGAAAGAAGUCCAGCUCUGUCCAUUAGGUUUAUUGUUGCCAGCUCAGCCAAUCAUUGAAUCUUACGACACAAUAGAGUGGCCAAAGUUGCAGUAUAAAAAGCCUUGUCGAAUUUAAGCAUGACAUCUACUUGUCCGGUGCGUGGUGAGGUUCAUUUCCAUAGCAAAUCUGAUCAAACAUCCUUUAGCACGCUUUGGAACAUGCAUUUUACACAGGUUUUAAUUUCUCUAAGUGUAUUAAUUGCAUGCGGUUCAGUGGGUCAUGGAGAUAUAACGGCGCACCAGCAGCCUUCCACAGCCACGGAGGAAAGCGAGCAGUGUUCCACAUGUGAGUUCAGACAACACAGCAAGCUGAUGAGACUGCAUGCCAUCAAGUCCCAAAUUCUUAGCAAGCUCCGACUCAAACAGGCUCCAAAUAUUAGCCGGGACGUGGUCAAGCAGCUGUUACCCAAAGCACCGCCUUUGCAACAACUUCUGGAUCAGUACGAUGUUCUGGGGGAUGACAGUAAGGAUGGAGCUAUGGAAGAGGACGAUGAACAUGCCACCACAGAGACCAUCAUGACCAUGGCCGCAGAGCCUGACCCCAUCGUUCAAGUAGAUCGGAAACCGAAGUGUUGUUUUUUCUCCUUCAGUCCGAAGAUCCAAGCGAACCGGAUCGUAAGAGCGCAGCUCUGGGUUCAUCUGAGACCGGCGGAAGAAGCGACCACCGUCUUCUUACAGAUAUCACGGCUGAUGCCUGUUACGGACGGAGGAAGGCACAUACGAAUACGAUCCCUGAAGAUCGAUGUGAACGCAGGAGUGACGUCUUGGCAGAGUAUAGACGUAAAACAGGUGCUCACGGUGUGGUUAAGACAACCGGAGACCAACUGGGGCAUGGAGAUAAACGCGUAUGACGCGAAGGGAAACGACUUGGCCGUCACCUCGGCUGAGCCUGGAGAGGAUGGACUGCUCCCCUUCAUGGAGGUGAAAAUCUCGGAGGGCCCAAAGCGAAUCCGGAGGGACUCUGGGCUGGACUGCGACGAGAAUUCAUCAGAGUCUCGAUGCUGCAGGUACCCUCUCACUGUGGACUUCGAGGACUUCGGCUGGGACUGGAUUAUUGCUCCAAAACGCUAUAAGGCGAAUUACUGUUCGGGAGAAUGCGACUACAUGCACCUGCAGAAAUAUCCCCACACCCAUCUGGUGAACAAGGCCAAUCCGCGAGGCACCGCCGGGCCCUGCUGCACCCCCACCAAGAUGUCUCCCAUCAACAUGCUUUACUUCAACGGCAAAGAGCAGAUCAUCUACGGCAAGAUCCCCUCAAUGGUAGUGGACCGCUGUGGCUGCUCGUGAACCAGUGCCCAGACAGGACUCGAUCCGUCUCACAGACCCGGACAUCUGAUCACACCAUCCACCAUCCAUUAUCAGUGCUUUCCGCAAGACACUGUGCAAUAGAAGGACGCUCACUCACUCUCUGGGCACCGCUUCAUUUGACUAUGUUUUUUGUCAUUUUCCACUAAAUCAGUAUCUCUGCAACAGGAGUCCAAUGUUACAUGGAUGUACUAAAGGAAUGUCAUAUACUGGCUGGACUUGGGAAUGGACACUUUUGAAAUGGACGACAUUCUCUGCUUUAUUUCAUGUUUUCACCUUGUCAAGAAUACUCUCAUUAGGAUAUGCAGACAACAUUGUAUUAUGCAACCACUCCAAAAUACAAUCAUUUAGAUGUAUUUAGCUGUAACAGCUGAGCUUGUUUAAGAAGAGUAUCCAAGAGAAACAGAGAGGGACUCUUGAACAUUGAACAGAGCUUGAAUACAGUUAUCCGACGCAAACUUCCACAUACACUGCAAUAAACACACCAAUCGAAUUGUUAAUCAUAGCUUUUGUCCACUACUCAUCUGUCAAACAGCCCUACACACUUGAAGUAUUAUUGGGAUCGGCAUUAGGGGACAGAAGGACUUGAAGCAAAGGCACUGUGAAUGCGGUCUACACAUUGAAAUGUUUUCGAGACAGAGACGUCGGAACUGUAAGAAUGAAUGUUAAUAUCACGCUAACACUCUGUCUUCAAACCACACAGUUUGCACUAUGGCAGACCAAUAGAAAGAAUUGGUUGCUAAAAAUGUUGUAAAAACUGAUUUUGAUAUGUUUGCUAAUUGUAUUGUAUACUUGCCAUUGUUUCCAUUAACAGUUGCCUUUUUUAACCACGGUUAGUACAUGUAUAUGAACACGAAAUAGCAAAAAAGUGUACAAUAUAAAUCUAUGUAUCUGUUCAAACAAAUAAA